UCACAGCUAAUGAAGUUCCUGUUUGAAGAGGCUUUCAAAUCUAUUGGACAAUAGAUCCAAAGGUGGGCGGUGCCAAGUCCAAGAACACGCCCUUCACCUGAGACACAGGUACCUCUUAAAGUCACAGAUGCAAGUAGGGAAAGUACUGCAUCCAAUUCAAGUUUAACUAAUUCAAUUAUGUUUGUUAAUAGUUUAUAUGUUCAUGCAAUACAACGCAAUAAUAUCUUGCUUGUGUUUUAUGAAAAGAGCAAAAACACUGAUGUCCUUUCCAGCUGGUUGUAACAUAAAAACAUUUCAUUUCAUUAUGCAGCAGAUUAUGUUUCAUCCAGAUGGUUCAACGAGUCUUUGAGGAAUCUGGAAACACCUUCAGAGCAGCUGUUACUAUAAAAUAAAAACCUCUGUGAUUCAAAUGUCGCUGGUUAUAUUUUUAUAUUUUAGGAUAAUCAGAUGCUUAUUUCUGGACACUAACUGGAGCUCGAUCCCUCAGAGGAGGCACCACUUAAAUGUCUCUGAUGUGACAUUAAGACAUAAAUGAAGCAUGUAAAUGUCCCAUGAGGGGCAUGGGGGGGGGGGGUCGACCCCCUUUGUGCGCGUGCACGCCCCUGACAGCUAAGGGUGUGAGCCUGUGACCUGCAGCCACUCAAUUUUCUGGCCUUAAUAAGCCGCCAUACAGGAGCAGACAGCUGUGCAGAUAUGCGUAUUUCUCCUGUCACACUAAAAGUGUGUGUGUGUGUGUGUGUGUGUGUGCGCGUGUGUGUGUGUGUGCGUGUGUCAUUGUGGGCGUCUCUGUCUGUAGCGCAGCCUCCUCGCAGGCCACUCCCGGGAAGCGCGCUGCUGUUCCACCUCACAGACGGACGGACCGACGGUGUGUGUGUGUGUUUCCAUGUGAGUGUGUGUGUGUGUGUGAGCGCCUCGGCUGCUGCUGUGCACCCGUCUCUCUCGCUAUCUCUGUGCGCAUGCACGUGUGUCACCCCCCCCCCCUUCCCUCAGUCCUGUCCUGUGCUCGGUUGUGUCGAGGUGGAGGUAUGUAGCGCCGGAUUCACCGCGCCGAGCAGCAUGUAGCAACCUGGAGCACAGCGCGCAACAUCGAGGAUCAUUUUUUCAUUCUAGGGGGGCGGUGGUGGUGGGGAGACCUUUUUUAUUUUAAAUUUUCUUUUAGAGGAGUGUUCGUGUGUGUUCGUCCCCGCCGCUCUGCACCUCUCGGUCGAUGGUCGUUGAGGAAGCUUCCAUCUUGAGUCCCGUAUCUACCGAGAGCACCAUGGCGAGCGACUCCCCGGCGCGGAGUCUGGACGAGAUAGACCUGUCUGCACUACGGGACCCAGCUGGUAUCUUUGAGCUGGUCGAACUGGUUGGAAACGGCACCUAUGGGCAGGUCUACAAGAUUUGUGUGUGUGUGUGUGUGUGUGUGUGUGUGUGUGUGUGUGUGUGCAGGUCGAAGAAGUUCCAGUCCUUCAUCGACAGCUGUCUGUUGAAGAGCCACAGCCAGCGGCCGAGCACCGAGCAGCUCCUCAAGCACCCGUUCAUCAGGGACCUCCCCAACGAGCGGCAGGUCCGCAUCCAGCUGAAGGACCACAUAGACCGCACCAAGAAGAGGAGGGGGGAGAGGGAUGAGACUGAAUACGAGUACAGCGGGAGUGAAGAGGAGGAUGAAGAGAGGGACGCCGGAGAACCCAGCUCCAUCAUCAACAUCCCCGGUGAGUCCACCCUGAGGCGGGACUUCCUGCGCCUCCAGCUGGCCAACAAGGAGCGGUCGGAGCUGAUCCGGCGUCAGCAGCUGGAGCAGCAGCAGAACGAGGAGCACAAGCGGCAACUGCUGGCCGAGAGGCAGAAACGCAUCGAGGAGCAGAAGGAGCAGAGGAGACGGCUGGAGGAGCAACAGCGUCGGGAGCGGGAGAUGAGGAAGCAGCAGGAGCGAGAGCAGAGGAGGAGGUACGAGGAGAUGGAGCAGCUCCGCCGAGAGGAGGAGAGGAGGCACGCAGAGAGGGAGCAGGUAGGAGAACACCUGAGUCCCACGUUACAUCACAGGUGUCAUCCACAGGGGGAGGAGAGGAGGCACGCAGAGAGGGAGCAGGAGUAUAUUCGUAGGCAGCUGGAAGACGAGCAGAGGCAGCUGGAGAUCCUGCAGCAGCAGCUCCUGCAGGAGCAGGCCUUACUGCUGGAGUACAAGAGGAAGCAGAUCGAGGAGCAGCGGCAGGCCGAGCGGCUGCAGAGGCAACUGCAGCAGGAGCGAGCGUACUUGGUGUCGCUGCAGCAGCAGCAGCAGCAGGAGCCGCCGCGGCCGCCGCUGGACAAGAAGCAGCUGUACCACUACAAAGACCAGGCGCCCGUCGCCAACGACAAGCCGGCCUGGGCCAAAGAGGUGAUGCGUCGAGCUCAGAGCAACUCGCCUCGCAUCCCUCCCAAGAAGUACCACUCCUUCAGUCAGCCGCGAGACAUCAACCUCGGCAACCUCCUCUUGCUCCCCGGUUACAAACCUCGCCGCCGCCGCCCCCCUUCCUACCCGGCCCACAACAGUCCCUCUAGGAGUCAACAGCACAUGCCUCAUAUCCGGGUCACCUGUGUGCCCGAGUCCUCUAAGCCGAGGAUGCGGCGGCAGUAUCCCGGGAGGAGCCCCGACUCCAGGGGCCGGAGCCCCGGCCGCCGGGUGGAGGAGCAUUAUAAGAUGAACAGACAGACUUCUCCUGCAUUGCAGCACAAAGUCUCCAACCGGAUCUCGGACCCGUCGUUGCCGCCCCGUUCCGAGUCCUUCAGCAGCGGGGGCAUCCAGCAGGCCCGGACCCCGCCGAUGCACCGCUCCGUCGAACCCCAGGUGUGUGUCCUACGUCCUUAUGUGUGUGUUAUGUUUAAAAAUCUCCUCGUGUGUGUGUGUGUGUGUGUGUGUGUGUGUGUGUGUGUGUGUGUGUGUUCAGGUAAUUCAGCCAGUAAGACUGAAGGCUCAACACUUUCUUCCCACGAGACCAAAGAUGACGGCAGAGAGCUGACACGACCCAGCAGGCCUGCAAGCUAUAAGAAAGCUGUAGACGAGGACCUGACGGCUUUGGCCAAAGAGCUGCGAGAGCUGCGCCAGGCGGAGGAGACAAGCCGCCCGCCCGUCAAAGUGACGGACUACUCGUCGUCCAGCGAGGACUCUCACAGCAGCGAGGACGAGGACGGAGAGGGCGGGGCUAACGACGGGUCGGUGGCCGUCAGCGACAUACCACGCAUCAUGCCAGCAGCGAGUCAAGGUCCCAACGAGUCCUUCGGCAUGAUGGGAGGUCACGACGGCCACGACAACUCGUAUGGAAACAGCUCUCAGGACGGCACCCUGAGGAUGCGUGAGAAGCACGGGGGACGGAGGCGGAGCUCCGCCGCCAGCAACGGUUUCCCCGGCAAAGCCAAUCUGUUCCCCGGCAACGCCAAUCUCCCUGAUUUGUUGCAGCAAAGCACCUCCCCCCUGGUCUCCCCAGGCGACGCCUCUGGGGCCCAAUACAGGAUGGCAAGCAGCGGAGGCUCCAAGUCUUCCUUCACACCCUUCGUAGAUCCGAGGGUGUACGGGACCUCCCCGACCGACGACGACGACGACGACGAUAACAUCCCGGCCUCGGCGCUGUUUGCCGACGAGCUGCUGAAGCACGAGCACGAGCAGGAGCAGGCGAGGCUCAACGAGGCCCGGAAGAUCUCGGUGGUCAACGUCAACCCGACCAACAUCAGGCCGCACAGCGACACGCCGGAGAUCCGCAAGUACAAGAAACGCUUCAACUCCGAGAUCCUCUGUGCGGCUCUCUGGGGAGUGAAUCUGCUGGUGGGGACGGAGAACGGCCUGAUGCUGCUGGAUCGAAGCGGUCAGGGCAAAGUUUACAACCUGAUCAAUCGACGGCGCUUCCAACAGAUGGACGUCCUGGAGGGACUCAACGUCCUGGUCACCAUCUCAGGGAAGAAGAACAAGCUGCGUGUUUACUACCUGUCCUGGCUGAGGAACAGGAUCUUACACAACGACCCCGAGGUGGAGAAGAAACAGGGUUGGAUCACUGUUGGGGAGCUGGAGGGCUGCGUGCACUACAAAGUCGUGAAGUACGAGAGGAUUAAAUUCUUGGUGAUUGCUCUAAAGAACGCCGUGGAGAUCUACGCCUGGGCGCCUAAACCGUAUCACAAGUUCAUGGCCUUCAAGUCGUUCACUGAGCUGCAGCAUCGCCCCCAGCUGGUCGACCUGACUGUGGAGGAGGGACAGAGGUUAAAGGUCAUCUACGGCUCCAGUGUCGGCUUCCAUGUCAUCGAUGUGGACUCUGGAAACCCCUACGACAUCUACAUCCCCUCACAUAUUCAGGGUCAGGUGACCCCGCACGCCAUCGUGGUUCUGCCCAAGACGGACGGCAUGGAGAUGCUGCUGUGCUACGAGGACGAGGGCGUCUACGUCAACACCUACGGACGCAUCACCAAAGACGUGGUGCUGCAGUGGGGCGAGAUGCCCACCUCCGUCGCCUACAUCCACUCCAACCAGAUCAUGGGCUGGGGAGAGAAGGCCAUUGAGAUCCGCUCCGUGGAGACGGGACACCUCGACGGAGUUUUCAUGCACAAGCGAGCUCAGCGACUGAAGUUCCUGUCGGAGAGGAACGACAAGGUUUUCUUCGCCUCGGUGCGUUCUGGAGGCAGCAGUCAAGUCUUCUUCAUGACCCUCAACAGAAGCUCCAUGAUGAACUGGUAACCUUUCUCCUUCGACCCACAACCCUCCUCUUCUUCAUUCUGAACAUCGCCCAGACAUCAGGAGAGAAGGAUGACAGUGUGUGUGUGUGUGUGUGUGUGUGUGUGUGUUUGUGGAGGAAAUCAACGAACUGCUGAACAGACGAUUGAGCCCCCCCCCCCCCCGUAAAGAUACCCUCCAACUGUAGGGGGCGCUGCAGGCCUCAUGGAUGCCUUCGCCCUUCCCUGUUGGGCGGAUGGUUGUUCUCAAGGGUCUUGAUCCAGGCUUUAAAGGACACUGACAUCAUGCCGAGUAGCCUUUUUUGACUUCCCCCAUUUGACUAGAUGGGGAGCCGUGGAGAAGUUCUCUGUGUAGCACAUUCAUGAGUUCUUACUGGGUGUUCACACUGCGAGUGCCGUUCGCCGUUCGCGCUGACUGCGUUUACUGCGGUGACUCGUCUUUUACUGCGCGUGUUUUAGUGAGUAAACAUCGCUGGUUAUUAACGUAGCAUCGUUGGAAGAAGAAAACUCGGAUGCAGCAGUUUUUAAAGUGUACUAAACUGAAGUGUCUCAAUAUAAAAGUCAGUUUAAAUGGUUCUUAGUGGAACCUUUAGUCUUUGGAACCCUUAUUUCUAACACUAUGGUGUAAAGCCACGGCUGACAACAUGACCUCAAUUACAAUUUACAGCUUCAAUCUAGCAUUUGACAUUCAUCAUCUGACAAUCUGACACGCCUCAAAACCUGAAUUGUUCAGUCUCACGCAGAUUGUGACUUCAUUGGACUGAUCUUGCACCUUAAAAAAUAGAUUUUAAUGUUUCAUGUUCAUGCAUUUAAUAAUGAACCUUUACAGAAACAACAAAACCUAAUGCGGGACGCACGUCAUUUUCCACUGACCAGAUGUUGAAUUCAGCUUAUAGAUAUCAUGGUCCUUGUUGUUGUUCUCAUCUAAACCACUUCAAUAGAUGUUUUCUAGACUAACGUCUUGUAGCAAAACCUUUCAGCGGCGUCUUCGCUGCGCUGUCGGAUGUUUUCUUUGUAAAGCAAAAAAAAUGACAUCAGAAAAGUUGCACGUUGUUUCCCUGGUCGAAGUGAAUGGACUCGAUGACGCCGUUGCUCACGGUGUGAACACUCACUUUGAGCGCUGCUGCUGAACAACACCUUCCCCUUUAGGAGAAAACAAUACCACAUAAGAGCAGCGAGAGUCACGGGGGAAAUGUCGACAUUUUAUACCUGUCGCUGAGGAUGCUGCACGGUUGGUUGCAGCUACUUCGUCCUGGUGUGUUUCUGGGAGGGGACAAGGAAGGUUGUAGAUAUUGUAUUAUUGCUGCAACAGCAACACAAUAACAAAAAAAA